AUGGAUUACCUUGAGAUCUUUGAGCCGCGGUUGAAAUUUGAGGACAAAGCGCACGGGGUCAACAAGACUUGGAUGGGGUGCUUCACCAAAGACUCCGCUAUCGCGUUGAGGCUCCACAAGGCUGGUGUACCUGUGUGGUUGAUACGAGAUGUCAGGCUCGUCGAUGAUAAGAUUAACAUCCGCCAAGUCAUUCCCUUCACUCCUGCCGACCUUGUGUUUGGGAUGUACCUCCAUCCCAUUAAGAACUUCGCUCAACCUUUCGAUAUCCAUUACAAGGGUCCAAGUGAUCAUCAACGCCAGGCUGCGGUUCGUCAACCGUACCUUACUUUUGAAGAGAUCCCUAUGGAUCAAACCGAAGUCAAUCGCUUUGCAGCUUCCAGAGAGCCGUCAUCGGGUAAAGCGCCCACCAAGACCACGAAAAAUAAGUCCGCAGUAUAUGAACCGACCGCUCUGCGCCAGAACCAGUCUCAAGUUGGACGUGACAAAUGGUGCGACGUGGCUCACCCGUUCAUGCCCAACAUCAACACCUUCUUCGCAUCGGCUAUGACUCACGCGGACAAAGAUUUGAGUCGUGUCAAGCCAACCCACGCAAGAAUGGAUGAGGGAUACAGGCUCCCCGACCCUGGAUUAUUUGUCAACGUCCUUUCCUCGCAGUCUCUGAAGAAAUAUCUCGCUAACUGGUUGGCAUGCCGUGAGUCGUGGCUGAGGCAUGUUUAUAUGUCGCCUCCAUCUCCGCUCCCUCGGUCCCAAAGCUGGCGUGAUCUAUUGAUCACGCAGCCAACAACACCACAGCCCUCGUCGUCAAGUGGUCAGAUGCCAUCAGGCAAGACUGGCAAGUCCAAAGCCAAACUCGACCUGUUCUUUGGAGAUGAAUUAUCGCUCCUACGCCAGUUUUGGACUGGAUCCCAGAUGUUGCAAUGGAGGGGUCAGAAAAUCGAAGCAGCGACGCUCGAGAAUCCGCCGCAUCGUCUCAUUCAACAGAUCAUAUACGAGAUUUGCGAGCAAAGCUUCCGAUACGACCUUCUGGAACUCGAUGAACAUCUUGCCGGUCAUAUGCGGCUGGAUCGGGAGGCGAAGAAGCGUCGCAUGGAGUUGCUCCGUGGAAUUUUUCCCCAGCAUGCCCUCAGCAUGUGGGAUAAGGAUUUUUCGACUCGGAAUGAUGGACUUAAUGCUGAGUCUUUCCAGGAUGCUCUUCCAUAUUUCGAGAAUUUUCGUCAAGUGUUGAUCGCAUGGGACGGUCCUCCUCCAGUUCUAGUACUUCCGGGUAGGCGGUAUUUCGCCCAACAAACUGCUUCCAAUUCCAAUCCUCGGCUUGAUGUCCCACCUCCUGAUCCGAAUGACCAGGACAGGCCUUCGUUUUAUGACGAUGUCCACUUCUUUUCCGAUCCCUCCGCUCCUCGAUCCCUCCGCUCCAAUGGGCGGCAGAAAAAAUUCAAUCAGUGGCAACGCUGGUCAAACGAAGUGAUUCCUUCACUAAUCGGUCCAUACCUCACAUAUCAAUACAAAUCUUCUUCGCUCCGUCAUCGGCCUGCACUUCAAAAUGAUCCUGUCGAGUGUACGGCUUCAUGCCACAGGAGGACUUUAGAAGUGACUUGUGUUUUUUUCAAUUAUUUAGAGGUUUUGAACAUUGACUGCUGCCCCUGCGCACCCGCACCCCUUCAACUUCUUAAGUUGGGGCUAUUUGCAUGUGCACCCAUAGCUCCAUCUCUUGCUGUUGACCUACGUGUACUAGAGCUCGUUAGGACUCUUUUUGUACGGAUCACCCCCAAUACAACAGCCUGGUGUGAAGCAUUGGAAGUUUUUCUAACAGCUCGGGGUUACAAACUUUCUACCAAGGACAAUCUUCGCCGCCGCUUCAGUAACGCGUAUCAUUGGUACUCAGUCCUUGUGAUGAAUGCUGGAGACCACGUAUACAGCCUCAUUUCACAACAUCUUCCUUCGCGUUCUUUGGGGGACGAAGUCUUGCCCGCACAACCAAGCGAUUAUCUCCGUUCACGUUGUCCAGUUUGUUUUGGAAUGCAGGAUUGGCAAAAGGAUCACGGUUCGCGUCUCAAGCUAGAUUGCCAUGUAUGCAUCGAUGCAUGCUUCACACAGAAACGGUCAGCCAAUUCACGUGGGGCCGAUGGCCUAGAUCCGCCAAACCCAACACGAUCAGUUUUCAUUUCGGACGAAGAGGUCGCACGGAUGGAAGCUCACGUACUUGCCUGUCGAGGCUCCCUACCUGGUCGUGGAACAAAACGCAAGAAGCCAGGAAGGGAAUCUUUUCUUGCUGCCGACGAAAAACGAGAGAAAGCUAGCACCCGUUUCUUCGCCGAUACGGGAAUCAUGGCCUUACUUUGUCGUCAUGAUUGUGUCUUAUGGUUGCUCUUCGAACAUCUUCCGCCAACCAUGACCGUCGGUAUCUUGUAUGAUAUUGCAUGUCAGCUCGAGCGUAGUUGUCUUAAAUACCAACUUCUCGAGCAAGGUAUUCUCUCACGUAUCGUCUUUUCUAUAUCCGUAUUUCACGCGUACGGACAUCAGUGGCCUUGUCAGCUUAUUUAUCACCCUCGCAAAUGUGAAGGGUUUGGACUUUCUGACGGAGAGGGCUGUGAGCGCCUGUGGAGCGCUCUCAAGAUGUUGAUCCCCCCCUUGCGGGUCUCUGGGUACCACCAACGGCUUUUUGUGCUGAAUGCGCAAACAAAGAAGAGCAGUGCAGAACAUGUGCUUCGACAACUCUCUGUAGAUGAAGCUAAUAUACGCCCGGAAUGGAGGGCUCAGGUCGAGCACCAACGAAACCAUUAUCCAAAAGGGAGAUCAAAAACCAACAAUGACGAGCAAAUAUCGAAGAUUUUGACCCUCGAGCGAACACUCAGUAACCUGGACGAUUCCGUUCGUGCUCUUGAGAUGCAGCUCUGUGCUGGCAACACUCUUAACAAUGUUGACUUCAACCUUCGACUUGCAGACGAACGCACCCACCGGUCCAAAGUUGCUGAUACUCUGCGACGAUGGAAGGCAUCCCUUGGCAUCGGGCAACUUAACGAUCUUCAACAACUCCGACGUAGUAUAUUCCUUCAAAUUCGUCUUGAUGCGCAAGCUGUCAAGGCACGCCUUCGUGAACGUCUGCGCCAGCGCAAAUUUGAAAUUGAGAGGUUUGAACGGUCGUACCGUCAGACAGUAAAUGAGCACAAGCUUCAUGUGCAUGCAGAAGCUUCAAUUCAACGGCGCAACCCUACCAUACGAAAGCUCGUCACAACUUACAACAACCUCUGUGGUAAACUAAUUGACUUAAUUCGACGAGGCGAGGCUCCUGCCGGUGCGAUAGCGCCUCAUUCUAUCUCUCCGACUGGUAUCUUUCAGCUUGACGUAGAUGAUGACAUCUGGCAAGAUGUUGGACUUGACGGCAAUGACAUGGCCCCACCUGCCUGGCUAGCGGAUGAAAAUAUGCGCGCAGCAAUUAAGUUUCAACUUGAGGUAGACCGGUGCAAUGAGGAAAGGGCUCGUAUCAUGCGAGAACGUUGUGUUCUCCAGGAGUGGAUGAUGGCUGAGUGGGAUGCCUUGCAGGAGGCUCGCACUCGUGCAGAAGAAAAUGAAGAUCUCUGCUUUCAUUUCGACCUCCGUGCUCGCUUGUUGAGUGGUCUUGUUGUGCAUUGGCAAUCUCGAGUUCGUCCUAUCCCUUGUGCUUGGCCAUUGCCUGACUCAUGGGGCCCCACCCCGAAUGACCUUGCUGAGGCUGCUAAUAUGUAUUAUCAACCAAGCUGUCUUGAUGGCACAGCUGCUGUGUAUGAUUCUGAGAAUGACUGGGAGUCUGAUGAGGAGAGGGAGAAUGAUGAAUUGAUAGAUGAAUUGGAGGAAGCUGCAUUGGCUGGAGCAUAUAUAGAUCUUGACUCGGAUUCAUAUGAUAUAUAG